GAGAAAAGAAAAGAAAUGAAAUAAAAAUGUAAUAUACUUAUUACCGGUUCCUAAGACAGCGAGAUUGCGAGACGAACUUGGUGUGUAGAAAUGGUUAUGGUUACCUGAAUGUUCCUUUCGUUUUUUAUUCCUUUCCUUUGUUGUUGUUCGGUAUAUUGGCAAUCGGCUUCUUGUCUUCUCCCACUUCUCCACCUCCGCUCGAUCCCUCGCUUCAGACCACAGCUCAUCCCUCAACUAGUAGCAUCUCAUCAUUUCUCUGCCUUUUUUCUCACUGCUAUGAUUGAAUUGUCUAUUCUCCACUCGGAUCAUAGUUUCAUUACUGCCUACGACGAUUCUCUGAAGGAAGUUUGAUCUACUGUUUGCUCUACCAGCGGGAUCCAAUCCAGGGGGGGAGGGGACUAAUAUGGAUCAGUUUGACGCAUUCUUUAGGAGAGCCGAUUUGGAUGGUGAUGGAAGGAUUAGUGGAGCUGAAGCUGUUUCUUUCUUUCAGGGCUCCAAUUUGCCUAAAAAUAUUCUUGCGCAGAUAUGGAUGCAUGCUGAUCAGAGAAAAACAGGUUUUCUUGGUCGACCGGAAUUUUAUAAUGCUCUCAGACUUGUGACUGUUGCUCAAAGUAAGCGAGAGCUGACACCUGAAAUUGUAAAGGCAGCACUAUAUGGUCCUGCUGCAGCGAAAAUCCCCCCACCGAAGAUUGAUCUGCAGGCUGUAUCUGCCCCUCAAUCAACUUCAGUGCCUGCUGCAUCUCCUCCACAGAUGAGUAUACCUGCAUCAACGGGAUCUCAAAAUUUUGGCUUUAGAGGACAAGGGGUUCCAAAUGUGGGCGUGAACCAGCAGUAUGUAUCAGCCCAGCCAAACCCUUCCAUGAGGUUACCUCAAGCCACACCUGGUGGUGUUGCUUCCAAUAUGCAACUGGUUGUUUCUUCUGAACCUUCUGGAGGAGGAAAUCUACUGGGUUCAAAUCUUUCAAACUCAAAUGAUUGGCUCAAUGGAAGGCCAGGUGGGGGCCCUGCUGCUGGGCCUAGAGGAGUCGGUCCUUCUGUGCCUUCCCCAGCUACUUCGUUAUCUCCAGCUUUAAUGACUUCGCAACCUAUGCCUAAUGAUAGAGCACCAGCUGUUACUGGUAAUGGAUUUGCUUCUAAGUCAGCAUUUGGUGCUGACAUGUUUUCUGUUACUCCAUCUCCACCUAGACCAGAAUCUUCUGGACUCAACAAUGCAGCUAAUAGUAGUAUUGGUCCAUCAGCUAUUGUUCCAGUUUCCAGUGUAUCCCAACCUUUAAGUAAGUCCACAUCAUUGGAGUCAUUGCAGAGUGCAUUUGUUUCAAGACCAUUAGCUAGUUCACAGUUUCAGCUUUCUCAGUCACCACUGGAACCUAAAAAGGAGGUUCGAGCGGCAGGUCCAUCGCCACUUAUAUCUUCUGGGAUCACAACUGGAGCCAGUAACUCUACUUCUGAAAAUGCGCAGUUUACUUGGCCAAAGAUGAAACCAACUGAUGUUCAGAAGUACACAAAAGUUUUUAUGGAAGUAGACACUGACAGAGAUGGCAGAAUUACCGGUGAGCAGGCACGGAAUCUAUUUUUAAGUUGGAGGUUACCUAGAGAGGUCUUGAAGCAGGUGUGGGACUUAUCUGAUCAAGACAAUGACAGCAUGCUUUCUCUCAGAGAGUUUUGUUUUGCUUUAUAUCUAAUGGAACGUUACAGGGAAGGACGGCCACUUCCAGCUGUGCUUCCAAAUAAUGUUAUGUUUGAUGAAACUCUGUUGUCCAUGACAGGACAAUCUAACAUUGUCCAUCCAAAUGCAGCUUGGGGUCCUCGUCCGGGAUUUGGACAGCAGCAACCUCAGGUCACUGCUCGGUCAAUGGCACCAACUGCAGGAUUGAGACCGCCAACAAAUAUACCUGCUUCAAGAGCUGAUGGUGCUAAACUAUCCAAUGAGCAGAAAUCAAGGGCUCCGGUGUUGGAGGAUUCAUUUCUGGACCAGCCUGAGAAGGCUCAAGAUGCUGCAGCAUCUGAGAAAAAGGUUGGAGAGACUGCGAAUGUUAUUUUGGAUUCAAAAGAAAAGAUGGAGUAUUAUCGCACAAUGAUGCAGGAACUUGUUCUACAUAAAAGCAGAUGUGAUAAUAGAUUGAAUGAAAUAACAGAAAGGGCAUCUGCUGACAAGCGUGAGGCAGAAUCUUUGGGAAAAAAAUAUGAGGAAAAAUACAAGCAGGUGGCUGAAAUAGCAUCCAAGUUAACCAUUGAAGAGGCAAAAUAUCGUGAUGUUCAAGAAAGGAAGACAGAGUUGCAUCAAGCAAUUAUUAAAAUGGAACAAGGAGGAAGUGCCGAUGGUAUUCUUCAGGUCCGAGCUGAUCGAAUACAAUCUGAUAUUGAAGAGCUCAUAAAGGCUUUAACUGAACGUUGUAAGAAACAUGGAUUUGAUGUUAAGUCGGCAGCUAUAAUUGAGCUUCCAGUAGGUUGGCAACCUGGAAUUCCGGAUAAUGCAGCUAUUUGGGAUGAAGAGUGGGAUAAAUUUGAAGAUGAAGGAUUUUCCAAUGACCUCAACCUUGAUCCAAAAAGUGUUUCUGCCUCAAAACCAAAAAUGUCAGACAGUGAAAAGGAUUUAGCAGAUUAUAACUCAACUCCUGAUUCAUCCUCAAAUGCCAAUGGAAAAACAGGGCACUCCUUCAGUAACAACAAUCGUGGCCUCGAGAGUGAAUCUUUGUAUAGCCACAGUGAAGAUGAGUCAGCAAGAAGUCCAUAUGGCAGUCCAGCUGCUAAGACAUCUCUAGAAAGCCCUUCUCGUGACUUUUCAGAUGCUGGUUUUGAAAAAAGUCCGGAGGCAUAUGGAAGUUUCAAUGACUCCGCCUGGGGCACCUUUGACAAUAAUGACGAUGUGGACUCAGUUUGGGGAAUAAAACCAGUUAAUACCAAGGAGCCAGACUCGGAAAAGCACAGAGAUUUCUUUGGAUCCAGUGAUUUUGAUACAAGCUCCGUCAGAACAGGGUCCCCGAAUGCAGAUAGCUUCUUUCAGAGAAAAAGCCCAUUUUUUGAGGAUUCUGUCCCUCCCACUCCCCUCUCUAGAUUCGGCAACUCUUCCCCUCGCUAUAGCGAUGUGGGGGAUCACUACUUUGACAAUUCCUCCAGGUUUGAUUCUUUCAGCAUGCAGGAUGGCAGUUUUUCUCCUCAGCGUGAGAAGUUCUCUAGGUUCGAUUCAAUAAGCAGUUCUCACGAUUUUGGCAAUAAUCAAGAGAAGUUCUCUAGGUUCGAUUCAAUAAGCAGUUCUUGUGAUUUUGGCCAUAAUCAAGACAAGUUUUCAAGGUUUGAUUCUAUGAGUAGUAGCAUGGACUUCGGCCAGAAUAGCCAGAGGCAUGCCAGGUUUGACUCGAUUGGCAGCUCCAAAGAUUUCGGCCAUGGUGCCUUCUCUUUUGAUGAUGCAGAUCCGUUUGGAACCUCUGGCCCCUUUAAAGUCUCAUCAGAGAGCCACAGUCCGAAGAAAAGUUCUGACAAUUGGAGAGCUUUUUAACCAUUAGGUUCCGUUCGAGUUUAUACUUGUAUCAAUUCUCUUGUUUGACCCCAUCUUUGUCUUGUUCUUUAUAUUGAGCCGGGUGCCGUUGUUUUUUUUUCCUGUUUUUAUGGCUUGGAAGAAGUUAGAACAUGAGUUGGAUGGUCAUAUUUUUGUAUGUUAUGGUGGUGCUUUAUGUAUUGUAUUGAUUUCAUGACAUUAUAUUG